AUGCCGAGCACAUUUCGCCGCCAGAUCAAGAACACAGUAAACAACUACACUACUGUGGAACGCAAAGUAAGGGAGGCUACGUCCAAUGACCCCUGGGGCCCCUCAUCGUCCCUUAUGUCUGAAAUUGCGGACGCCACCUAUAAUGUCCAAAUCUUUGGUGAGAUCAUGGGCAUGAUCUGGAGACGCCUCAACGACCAUGGAAAGAACUGGAGGCACGUGUACAAGGCCCUAACCCUGCUGGAUUACCUGAUCAAAACGGGGUCGGAGCGAGUGGUGGUGCAGUGCAAGGAGAACAUCUUUGCCAUCCAGACGCUCAAAGACUUUCAAUACAUUGACAAGGACGGCAAGGACCAGGGCAUCAACGUGAGGGAGAAAAGCAAGCAGCUGGUGGUGCUGCUUAAGGACGAGGACCGGCUCAAGGCAGAGAGAUCUCAGGCACUGAAGACCAAAGAGCGAAUGGCCCAGGUGACCACAGGCAGCAGUAUGGGCUUUGGCCGCGGCUCAUCUCAGCCCAACCUGGCUACCUACAGCGAGGAGUACGGCCGCUCCGAGGGCUCGCCAGCAUCCUACCACGGCUCGACCUCCCCAACCCCAGGGUCGGAGCUGGAGCAGGCCAGACCCCAGACCAGUGGAGAGGAGCAGCUUCAGAUCCAGCUGGCUCUGGCCAUGAGCAGAGAGGCAGCUGAACAGGAAGAGCGCCUACGCAGGGGGGACGACUUGAGACUACAGAUGGCUUUGGAGGAGAGCAAGAAAGGCGGGGAACCGGGCUCUGCUAAACUGCCCAAGAAAAAGAAGGAGCCUCAUUCGACUCUGAUGGAUCUGAUGAAUGUCCCUGAGCCCGGUGCCAGUGCUGACCCCUGGGGCUCUGGGGCCAGUGCCGGGGCAGGGGCCGCGGCCGCUUCUGCUGACCCUUGGCAGCCCUAUGGCUCUGCCCCUAAGCCUGCUGCUCCAGUGGAUCCAUGGGGCACCGGCGAUUCUGUUCCCCCAGUGAAGAGCACCGAUCCCUGGGCUCCAAGCUCUGGCCCUGUCCCAUCCGACCCCUGGGGCUCUGCAGCAGCCCGCCCCAAGACUUCCAACACAGGAGGCUUUGACCUGUUCACUUCAUCCAAUGGUACGUCUAAAGAGGACUUCUCAGAGUUUGACAGUCUGCGCUCCUCCUCCUCUGUUCCCACUGGUAAUGGAGGCAUAGCGCCCUCUCAGGGCAGUCUGGUAAACAGUGGCAGCCUGGACAUCUUUGACCCUCUGCCCACAUCCACCUCUCUGAACCCCACCAGAAAGACCCCAGAGUCCUUCUUGGGGCCCAACGCAGCCUUGGUCAAUCUGGAUUCGCUUGUGUCCAAGCCAGUCCAGCCCGCUCCUGUGGUCAACCCUUUUCUGGCAUCAGCUGGUGCAGCUCCAUCCUCUGUCCCUGCAGCUAACCCCUUUCAGGUGACUCAACCGGCCCCUCCCACUCUGAACCAGAUGCGGGUGAGUCCCAUGCCAUCAGGCUUUGGCACCAUGGCUGAGCCCAUGACUCUAGCCGCUCUGCCCACACAGCCCAUGACUGUGGUCCCUCUCCCGGGCAUGACCCCCAUGGGCCGUGUGGUGCCGGGGAUGGGUAUGGGCCAGGUAGGAGGGCCCACCAAUGUGGGCAUGAGUGCAGGGAUCCCCGCCUCCAUGUCCAUGCCCCAGCCUCUGAUGAGUAUGCCUCCCCAGGCUGGCUCACAGUCUACCACCAACCCUUUUCUUUUGUGA